CCUGAGCAGGGCACAGUCCCAGCUAGUGAGCGGAGCGGCCGCAGGCAGCCAAGAUGAGCAGCCGAGUGACUUUCUUCGAGGUAGAAAUCCUUGACUACAAGACAAAGAAGCAACUAUGCUUUCUGGAUAAGGUUGAACCACACGCCUCAAUUAAUGACAUCAGAUUGAUGUUCCAUAAAUUUUAUCCUCAAUGGUAUCCAGCAAGACAGUCAAUGAGACUAGAUCCCAAGGGAAAAGCCUUGAGGAAUGAGGAGAUCCUGCAAAGACUUCCAGUUGGCACAACAGCUACCCUCUAUUUCAAAGACUUGGGGCCACAAAUCGGAUGGACAAUGGUGUUUUUGAUCGAAUAUGCAGGCUCACUCUUCAUCUACCUCCUGUUUUACCUCCGAAUGCCUUUUGUCUAUGGUCUGGAAAAGAAACUCAUGUCAAGGAGGCUUCCUGUGGUCAACCUGGCAUGCAUCUGCCAUUCUUCCCACUACAUCAAACGAUUGAUUGAAACCAUCUUUGUCCAUCGGUUCUCUCAUGGGACCAUGCCUCUGAAGAGUAUCUUUAAGAAUUGCUUCUUUUACUGGGGAUUUGCUGCUUGGCUUGCUUAUUACAUCAAUCAUCCUCUUUACACGCCUCCUUCCUAUGGACAAAAGCAGAUCAAUUUUUCUCUGAUCACCUUUCUGUUAUGUGAAGCCGGAAACUUUUCAAUCCACGUGGAACUCAAUAACCUAAGAGGAAAUGGACCAAAGACCCGUCGUAUCCCCUACCCAACCAAGAAUCCAUUCACGUGGCUAUUUUUCUUUGUCUCCUGCCCUAAUUACACUUAUGAGGUGGGGGCCUGGAUCAGUUUCACCAUCAUGACUCAAUGUGUCCCAGUGGGAUUAUUCACGCUGGUUGGCUUCAUUCAGAUGACAAUCUGGGCAAGGGACAAACACUGCACUUACGUAAGAGAGUUCAAGGAUUAUCCCAGUCUCCGGAUGCCAAUCAUUCCUUUCUUGCUGUAGGAAGCAAGCAGUGAUGCUUGGGCACUUCAGCAGACCUAGGGGCAGAAAAGCCAACAUUUGAGCCCUGAUCUUCUGGGUUUUCUGAAAAAAAAAGUGGUGACUUUUCAAUUUUUAAAGUUAAUCAAUUGGCAAUAAUUCUCUGAAAGACAGCUAAACUCCACGGCUGUGUGGAGUCUACCAGCACUCCAAAGUAAUAGAAUGUUCUCGUUUCCUCACCUAGCAAGUGAGGAGGCCUGGACUAUGUUUGUUCUAAGGUCCCUUCCAGCUUCCAAAUCCUAUAAUUCUAUGUGUGUGUGUGUGUGUGUGUGUGUGUGUGUGUGUGUGUGUGUGUGUGUGUGUGUGUGUGUGUGUUCAUAAAUAUACACACCUUCCUUUCUGCAUAUGUACAUGCAUAUUAAGAAGUAACACAUCCCUAUGAGAUUUUCAUCUUCUAAGGGUUUUUUAGUUGUAUUUUGGGAGUAGUGGUAGGUGAUUGUUUUCUUUUUGUUUGUUUGUUUGUAAGCCCAGCCAAGUUAUCAUGGUCUUCCUGUCUAUGGAAACUCCCAUAAAUUAGAACGUCUUCAGGGGAUGAUGUUUGAUCAUUUCUUGUGUCAGAAGAGCAGUAAAGAAGCUUAGCCAUAAGAGAGAGUCCAGCUUAUAAAUGGGACAGGGCCCACUAGUCCUCUGGUGCUCAGGUCUGGGAGGUAACAUUCGGUGCUGUGUUCUCUAAGUCUCACUCAUGCAGAGGUGGCAGCCAAUGUUAUUUUUUCAGCUGGUGAAGAAAUACUAUGGCCUCUGCUAAUAGGGUAGGUACUAUGGAGUGGGGGGCGGAAGGGGCAGAGAGAAACAGAGAAGUAGGGAGGUUUAAUUGGUAAAUCAGUGCCUAGCUCUCUGAGUUGGACGGACAGUGCAGAACCUGAACCCACCUAGAUGGCACAUGUUUAUCCCAUCUAUCAUGUAGUCUAGUCAUAUGUCACCUUCAGAAGAAACCUUUCCAUGUACUGUAUUUGGGGGUGAGAACACAAUGGCAUGAGCCCAGGACAAGAGGGAAAAUCACACGGAUUAACCAAUGCUGCAGCUAUUUCUGAAAGCAAUUUAAAAGGACUCUCUUAAUGGGGAGAGUGGAUAAUUUGACCUAAUGGGUCUCAGGCACUGAUUGGAGCAGCUCAUGAUUCUAGAGAGUCCAGGUCAUAGACAUGCAAUUAUUAACCCAUUUAAAAUGUUACUGGUUGAUCAUCCACAUGACCCUAGACUUGUUUUCAUAAAACAAGGUGUGAUGAAACCAAAGGCUCUUCAUCCUUCUGGAUAUUUUCCAGGGUCAUGUUCUCAGCAAGCUUUUCAAAUGUACUUGGUGAACCUAUGCACUGAUCUCUCAUUCCUAAAUGGACAGCUCAGAUCAGCUCCUGUGCUCAUAACCCACAGCUAGGAGGGCAGUCAGCCAGUUUUAGGACCUCCUGGGGAGCUGACCUUCUGCCAUCUGUUCAGGGGAAAGUUUGGAAGGUUUUCUAUAAAGCUGUCCAAGAAAUGACCCUAUCCUAGUUUGUGGGACAUUUUAAAGGAAAAAAAAUUUUAGGAUCUCAUAACACAGACUGGAAAAUGUGAUUGCUAUUUAUUCUGUGACAGAUUUAUUUCCCUACGAGUGCUGUACAGAAAGAUUUUUGCAACUCUUUGUAAAGAUGAUCUACAUAAUAAAGUCAAAGCUAUGUUUUGAA